AUGCCUUCUCGUGUGGAGGUUCUUGCUAUCUCAGCUCUCCUCUGUCAGGCCCUCCCCGGGGCUAUUGCUGCUCCGGGCAGGAUCUGGGGAUGGGAUGAAGAUACGGGAGCUCCAGCUGGAUAUGGUAGUCUCGGAGGCGUCGAUGGAGACGAGGGCCAUCCUAGAUUCUCUGAUCUCGCCAGCCUUGAGCAUAGUCUUGAACAAGGCAUGGCCAAUGGAGGUAAUAGUGAUGCAGGGUUCAGCAGGCACGGUGGCCCUCCCGUGACUGUGACCAUUUCAGACUGUACAACAGCCCCUACCGCCACCGCUACGGUGACGAUCACAAUGCAGGGCAGUAGCUACGGCAUUGGGACUGUCACCCGAACAGUUACCAACACCGUCACUAGCAAAGGACCCUUGGCCACUAACACCGUUACUAACACACUGACCCGAACAAUCAGCCAGUGUGCAGCCACUCCAAGACCAACAGCCAAAAUCCGCACGAUCACCGCCGAUGCAUCCACCGUGACCCAGAUGGUCUCGGCCUCAGUCCCCACAAUCACCAGCACCGUCACCGACACGCAAUACACAACGACCGAAUCCUACACCGAAACCGUUACGGAGACCCUGAUCAACACCGAGACCAAAACUGUGUCCGUCACCAGCACCGUCAACGCCCCCGAGUCAUCCAAUGCCCCCUUGACUGGCACCAUCACCAAUAACAUCAACUACGGUAGCUGUUCCGAUGCGACUAUCAACUAUGCCACGGGCCUGCAAGGACACACCGACUACACCUACACGACAAGCAACCAAGCCGACUUCCCCUUCGGUGCCGCGCUGACGAUCGACUCUGUGGAGGACUUCAUUUGCACUCGCCUCCGUAGCCCGUGCAAUGCUCCACAGGAGACGAUCGACCGCUGCUACGACGCGGAAAGGGCUGUUGCUGGUCACUCCGGGCAAGAAGCCGCUCGAGUAUGGAACGAGCUGAUGGGAUAA